AUGCCGCGAAUGUCCGAAGAUGAUAGGGAUAGGGCUAUUGCCCGAAUUCUACAGGGCCAAUCGCAACGUCUCUUCGCCAAGCAAUUUGGAGUCCAUGUGUCAACGAUAGCUCGAUUAGUUGGGCGUCUCAGGGCCACGGGAAAAUUAGCUGACCGUCCCAGGAGCGGACGUCCACGCGUUACGACGCCACGUCAAGAUCAGGGCAUACGUCUCUCACACCUACGUAACCGAUUUCAGACAGCGACGGAGACGGUAAGUCAUAUUGUAGGCACUCAUGGUCGCCGUGUGUGUCCAAGAACAGUUAGGAAUCGGUUGCGGGAGUUCAAUUUAAGGCCACGACGUUCCUACGUUGGCCCGCAACUUACACCCAGGCGACGUCAACGUCGAAUGCAAUGGCUGCGUGCACAUGCACCACAUCGGUUUCGCUUGGUCCGCUGGAGACGUGUGUUAUUCACGGACGAGUCUCGGUUCACGUUGUACAGGUCAGAUGGACGAAAAACGUUGCUAUCGACGUCGCGGUGA